AGUUAGAAUCCCGUUUGCUCUAACGCAUCCCGCAUCGUGACUGUCCGGUUGACCAGUGUAUACUACAGACAUAAUGGCCAAGCUUGUCUACGUUGUUCUUGCCCUGUGCAUCGUUCAGGGUUCCUUUGCAUUCGUCCGUCGUGACGCUCCGGCCCCACCGGCUGAAGAAAACAACUUCUUCAAGAACUUGUUCGAGGUCGGCGGCAAGAUCCAGGAGGCGUUCGUCGAGACGCAGCAGAGUGUGCUGAAGUCGCUCGGUUUCCAGUCGAACGAUGAGGUCGUGCAGACGAUCCAGAAGAACACCAACCAGUACGUCGAGCAGCUCCGCACCGUCCAGGGUACGAUCGAGGCGGAGGUGAAGAAGCACUCGGACAUCUUCGAACCGCUCGUGAAGGACCUAAAUGCCAAGCUGGCCGAAACGACCGCCACGCUGUCCCAGCAGAACCCGGAGGUAGUGCAGAAGGCCAAGGAGUACCAGGAGCAGGUCCAGGCGAACCUGCAGUCGCUCGUGUCCGAGGCGCAGAAGACGGUUGAGAAGCUGAAGGAGGAUACCCGCGCACCGAACGAGGAGCUCCAGAAGGCGCUGAAGCAGAUCUACGAUUCGACGUUCGAGACCCUCACCAAGACGGUCAACGAGCUGAAGCCAAAGAACUGAACUUACGCAGGGAAGGAAAGUCUCUCUUGUGGAGGGGAGUUGAAAUUUGUUAAUAAAAACUAA